GGAACAACAUGAGUGCCAAAAAGUAUCUGAAGAUGCCCGCACCGCAGCCGACGCAGCCUGCGGCCAAAACAGAAAAAGAAGAGAAAUUAUGGAAUGCACUGAAAAAACACAUCAUGCGAGAACGCGAACGUAAAAAGCAAGAGCUUGAAGCAGAGGUGGAAGAGGAACGCCUUCGAAGAGAGAGAGAGGAACGGGAAAAGCAGGACGUGAUGACGCUAGGUGAAACGAAAGAACAAAUACUAAUGCUGGAGAAAAAUCUGCACGAGCUGCGGAACGAAAAACAGCAGCUAUUUUUGCAGCUGAAAAAAGUGCUCAAUGAGGACGAUAAUAGGAAGCGGCAGAUGAAAGACGACAUGUUUGCCAUCCAAAGUAUUCCACAACAGAUCUUUCUACCCCAGCGGCCGAUGCCUCCGCAUCAGCAGCACAUGAUGCAUAAAGUGAGUCCAUCUGAAAUUCUCCUUUCGUCGGAACGCAUAUUCACCGACGCUUACCCCAACUUGCAGGGCAAUCCGCAGGUGAAUGCGACAAAACGCACGCACAGCCCUUCGCCGUCGCAGCACAUCCAGGGCUACUAUAAGCAGCCCAAUCCCAACAAUCAACCUUACCCUCCGCAGCAGAAAAUCGAGGAAGGUAGACGGGGCGGAGAAGUGGCCCGUGCCGUUCUGUGGAACAAAUCGCAGUACUGUCCACCGGUUGGGUUCUAUCCCGCAACACCACCAUCGAACCCACAGGAUGGUCGACAACCGCAGCCACAGAUUUUGUACCCAUACCAGAGCAGUCUAACGAUCCCGAUGCGCCAAUACGUGGAUAUAUCGUCACAACCGGGGCCCCCGACCCAGCCGAAACCAGAACAGCUAGUGGUUAGCGGCAAGGUGGGCCCGAUGCCUCCGACACAGGGUAACAUUUACCACAUAAAUCUGGAUCAAACGGCGGCAGCGAUCCACCAGCAGCCGCCACCGCAGAUGAAAACAAUUACGAUCGAAAAGAUACCGCAAGACCGCAUUGUGCCGUAUCAUAUCGAGCUUGCCAAGCACGACGAACGGAAGGAUCUGCGGCAGUUGCAGGGUCCGCCGCCUUCACAGCCAGGUGUGGUAGCAACACAUCUGCCGGAAGGAAUAGUUUACGCGCCCAGUCUACGCCCCGGUGCUAUUCAAAUGCACACGAUUGCUACCAAUCAGCAAUUACCGAAAGGCGGAAGCAUUACACAGGGAUACCCGUCGGCAAGACCGCCUCCGAUCAGCAAUCCUCAGCAACCGCCACCUUCACAGAUGCAUUACAAUCGCCACCGUUACUAG